UAAAGGUGUGGCUUGUUGUGGAUUUUAACAAUAUAAAUAUAUCAGCCUUUGAACCAUGAGGUACAUGACAUGAAGGAAGGCUGGUACUCAGAGGAAAAGAAAACUGUGCGUAAAAGUGGCCAGUGUGAUUUGCAGAGGGCGCGUACUGCUCUGCAUCCCCUGUGUUUGACUGUAUGAGGUGUGCUGUUGUUGUUGCUGCUGCUGUUGCUGCUGCUGCUACUGCAGGAUGACAGGGAGCGAGGAAGGUGCCUUGCUUCACGGCUGCGGGCAGAGAUGGCGCCCUGAUGCCGGUGAAUAAGCAGAAAAACAGAGCAGAGGGAGGGACAAGGGAUGCUGCAUCAUUCAGAGCAUCACAUGGCAGCAGAUGAUGACAACGCUCUGUGGAUCUUCACGGAUGUUUAUUGUCCUUUGUUUUCCUUCUGUAUGAGAUUUGGAGCAGCAGUGUGAACCUGACAGGCGAGGCGGUGGUGGGGGUUUGUUGUCUGCCUGCUUUCUCCCUCCUCCUGCGGGGCUCUCUGCUCAUCCGACGCAGGGAGGAGAGGGCAGCAGCAGCAGCAGAGGGAGGGAGCGCAGGGGCGAUGGCCGCCGGUGGAGCGGGAUGCGGCGGCGACACGGUGGAGGAGUGCCGGGUCGAGGUGGAGCGCCUGACCCGGGAGCUGGCGGAGGCCAACCGCGAGAAGAUCCGGGCGGCGGAGUGCGGGCUGGUGGUUCUGGAGGAGAACCAGAGGCUGAAGCAGCAGUACUCGGAGCUGGAGGCCGAGCAGGAGGCGCUGAGGCUGGAGCUGGAGCAGCUGCAGGAGGUGGGAUCAGCAGGGGCCUUUGGUCACGCUUACUCCAUCCAGCGCAAGGUGGCCGAGGAUGGGGAGACCAACGAGGAGACGCUGCUGCAGGAGUCCGCCACCAAGGAGGCCUUCUACAUGGGCCGCCUCAUGGAGCUGCAGUCGGAGUUGAAGCAAAGUCGAGCCAUUGCCUCCAAUGCUCAGGCUGACAACGAGCAUCUGAGCAGCCUGCUGCAGGAGCUCAGAGAGAGUAACGAGAUGUUGGAGCUGCAGCGCAGCCGCAUGAGAGAGGAGAUCAGGGAGUACAAGCUCCGAGAGGCUCGGUUGCUCCAGGACUACACCGAGCUGGAGGAGGAGAACAUCUCUCUGCAGAAACUGGUGUCAACGCUCAGGCAGAACCAGGUGGAGUAUGAAGGCCUGAAGCAUGAGAUCAAAGUCCUGGAGGAGGAGACCGAGCUCCUGAACAGCCAGCUGCAGGACGCGCUGCGUCUGAAGGACAUCUCGGACGCGCAGCUGGAGGAGGCGCUGGAGUCUCUAAAGAGUGAGCGUGAGCAGAAGAACCACCUGCGCCGGGAGCUGGUCCACCACCUCAGCAUGUGUGACGUGGCGUACACUGGCAGCGCCCACCUGACGUUCACCUCAGCCCCGCCCAGUGGCACCGCCACCCCGACUACUCUGCUCUCGCCAACCACAGAGGAGCCAACAAGAUGUAAUGGCCACCUCCAGAGUGGGACGGGAGCAGGAACUGCGGCCAGGCCGAACGGAGAGUGCCGAGGCCCGGGGCGGAAGGCGGAGGGAGUGACGACGUCAGACCUCUUCAGUGAAAUGAACCUGACAGAAAUCCAGAAGCUCAGGCAGCACUUAUUGACCGUUGAACGUGAGAAAGUAGCACUGAUGACAAACCUGCAAGAGUCCCAGACUCAGCUCCAGCACACCCAGGGCGCCCUGACCGAACAGUAUGAAAAGACUCUCCGUCUUAGCCAGAAAAUCACUGCCCUCCACCGUCUGCAUCGAAGGACCCUUCUUAACCAAGAAGCCCACAGCAGCGGCACCUCCAAACUGAAUCCUGAGGAGCUCGACAGAGGUUACGAGGAGGCUGAAGAGGAAGGGGAUGCUGAGGACUAUAAGAGUGAGACGCUGACCAAAAGUCAGGUGUUUUCAUUCCAAACACCUGGCCUGGAGAUCAUGCAGUGCAAGUAUCGUGUGGCUGUGACAGAGGUGGUGGAGCUAAAGGCCGAGGUGAAAUGCCUCCGUGAGAGGCUGGCUCAGAGUGGCGAAGGAACUGUGGGGGAGAAGCCACAUCGAAGAGCUGAGCUCCAGAAGCUGGAACUGCAGGUUGCGUCCUUGGAGAAGAGCUGCCGCGAAGGACGCGAGAAGAUUUCUAGUCUGGAGUUGGAGUUGAAAGCAGCUCAGUCGGCAACCAGUGAAAGCCGAGGGGCGUUGAACGCAGCUCAGGACGAGCUGGUGACGCUGAGUGAGGAGCUUGCCCAACUCUACCAUCACGUGUGUUUGUGCAACAACGAAACGCCAAACCGUGUCAUGCUGGACUACUACAGACAGGGCAGAGGGCUUAGGAACGUCAGUGCCAGUCUCAAAGCCAUGUCUUCGGACAACAGCAAAGUUCUCCUCACACCACGCCUUGCAAGACGGCUGGCCGCUGUUGCCUCGACGACCUCAACGUCUGGGGAGUCACGGAGCCCCUCUGAGUCUCCAUCCAAAGAGCCCCUGUGUAGGGAGGGUAGAGGGGAGGAGAAGGAGAGGGACAGGGAGGGUCUCCUGGUGCCACCAGAGCAGAGCACGCCUCCUUCCCAGUCACCCAGUAUCAGUGCCUCUUCAUCAUCAUCGUCAUCAUCAUCACCUGCCUUGGAGCCACCUGGUGAGCUGCGCAAGGAGCCACUGAACAUCUACAACCUCAAUGCCAUCAUCAGAGACCAGGUGAAGCACCUACAGCGGGCAGUAGACCAGUCUCUGCACCUCUCCAGACAGAGGGCUGCAGCCAGAGAACUGGCCCCUCUGCUGGAUAAGGACAAGGAGAGCUGCAUGGAGGAGAUCCUGAAGCUCAAGUCUUUGCUGAGCACCAAGCGAGAGCAGAUAGCCACUCUUAGACUCGUGCUCAAGGCUAAUAAGCAGACUGCAGAGGUGGCCCUGGCAAACCUUAAGAGUAGGUAUGAGGCGGAGAAGUUCAUGGUGACCGACACCAUGAUGAAGCUGAGGAAUGAGCUGAAGGCACUGAAGGAGGACGCGGCCACUUUCUCCUCUCUGCGAGCCAUGUUCGCUACCAGGUGUGACGAGUACGUGACCCAACUGGAUGAGAUGCAGAGGCAGUUGGCCGCUGCUGAGGACGAGAAGAAGACUCUGAACUCCCUCCUCCGAAUGGCCAUCCAGCAGAAACUGGCCCUCACCCAGCGUUUGGAGGAUUUAGCUUUUGAUCAAGAGCAGACCCACCGCACCCGUGGGGGAAGGCUGACCCGAAUGAAGACCAGCACCCCCAAAGUAAGUCUCCCAUCCUCGACUUCGGCCUCCGACCUAGUCUACACUUCAGCUUUGGCCCCAGGCAACCUCGCUUUCUCUGGCCUUACUAGUCCCACAUCAGUUGUUCUCGAUGAUUCCACUUUGUCGCUUUGCCCGUCUGUGGUCAGAGCAGCUCUGGCUUCACCUCUUACCUCCCCUACCACACAUAUACCCCCUCGCAGUCCAUCAUUACCAGCCAUCACCUCAUUGGCUGGUGCUGUAGUGCCGGAGAGCCCCCCAUCUCUGGAGGCGCCCUCCACUACCUCGGCGCGGACCCCGCCCCAAACCCCUCUGAGGCUGCCUCACUCCCAGUGGACCCUAGGUGUGCGGACGUUUGUGGUCGACUCCCACAGUUUCAAUGUCAACAUCUCCCCUGCCUUGCCCCGUAGUGUAGGCCUCUCCAGGCACAACACCUCAGACACACACCCAUCUGCACCAUCCACCACCACCACCACCACCACCACCAGGCCCACCCAGCCAGGAUCUGCCCCCUCUUCUCCAUACCGGUCCCCUCUUCUUGGGCUGAGGCGCUCCACGUGGAGCCCCACACCCCGAACUCGGCCCCUCUCUAGCCUGACACGCUCUCCUGUCCACUACACUCCUUCCUCUUACUCCUCUUCCUCCCACAGCUAUUCCUCUGCAUAUUACAGCUCCUCCACUGCUUUUACGCCCUCCACCUCCUACAGCCACACGUCCCACUACACACCCCUGUACCCCAGAUACAGUAGCUCUUACCGGCCCCGGCAUUGAACACUCUUACUUUAAAUCCUUUACUGUAAGCCUUUUUCAGCCUUUAUUGAAACUGAAAACUCUCAUAAUGCCUCUCUUUUCUUCACCUAAGAGGUUGGGGGCUCACAGAGAGAAAGACACAGUGGUUUCCUGUUUCCCAGUCCCUGUUUCCUGUGCCUAAGCCUUGGCCAAGGGGUUCUGAAUGUUCAGUGACUUUGCUCAGGGAAUUGACAUAAGGAGCACAAGCGCCUUUCUUUUAUUUUAAGACUGCUGAUUGGUCAACUGGAUGGCAUCAAAAAAACUUUUUAAUAGGGGGUUUUGUUCAAGUGUUCAGGUUGAGGCCACUCACACAUUGAAAGAGAUUGAAAUAGACACAGAGACAUUCAGAUGAUGGAUGGACAUUUGAAGGACUCUGUCAUAGCUGUGUAUGAGGGUCCUGACACAUUUCAGUAAAUACAGUCAGUGUAACGUCCAAUAUGUUUUAACCAGUAGUGAUUCUCAUAUACUAUGUGUUGUGUUUGGAUGCUUAAAGGUGCAGUAUGAUUGAUGAAGUGUUUAUAGCUAUUGCAAAUGGCCACACUCGAAGGUGGGGUGAACACAACACACACUUUCUGAGCGUUUUAAAGGCAUUUAUGGUGUUAGGCUACACCCACACUACCACAAAACUGAUUUCUAACACCUGAAAACCCUUAUCAUGUGAUCAUUCAGGUACACUGGGUACGUGUAUGCUGGCGUAAACAAGAGGCCGAUUCUAUUCUCUUUCGUUUUUGCUUAGUUAAAGAAAGUAUUCAGAUAAAACAAUGGUGAAAACAAAGAGCAAGGAUUUCUAUGCACAGUUGAUGUGUUUUUAAAUGAAAACAGUCGUAGUGUGGAUGUAGCCUUAAACUCUGUGGUGGUUGUAGUUGCAAGGAAAAUCUAAAAGAAUGUACCCAAUAUUUUUUCAUGCUGGAGCACAUCUGGACAAUCGCUGCAACCAAGUUACCAUGUCGUCAUUGUAUCAAAAAGUUGCAGCAACAUUGGACACAAUUCCAGUAUUUGGAAUGGUGUAAGAGAUGUGUGUUGUGAGUCAUUAGUCAGCAAAAAACUUAUUUGAAGCACGGUGACUCCUUUAAGUCUUUCAACUUUGUUUGAUUGCUAAUUAUUUACUUAAAACCCCCACACAGAUGCACACACCCAGGUUAUGAUAUAGUAGCUGUGGGUGAGGAAAGUUGAACUAGUAUUCUUUGCCAAAGUGCACACUGCUGAAUGCAUCGGUGUACCUCAACGACUGUUCUUCAUUUCCUGUCAGUGGUUGUCAUCAGCUAAACCUUAAGCAAAAUGUCUGUCCAUCUCUUGCACCACCCAGUGGUUUGUUCUAAUAUAGCAAUGUACUUAGCUAUGCAUGUUCACAUUUGGAUGCUCUUAUACUGCAGACUUCCUUCCUCCCCCUUCCACAUGGGAAAUGUACCUGAUGGAGGUGCAGGCUGAAGAGCACUCAAACAUGGCAUCUAACCAGUGUAGGAUCAGCUGAAUGUCAUUGUCUAGUCAUUGUACAAGGAAGGAAUCUGGAUUGGAGUCAGCUGUGAGUGUGCGUCUCAGUGUGUGUCUCAGUAACUAUGAAAUACACGAGUGAAGUAUGUGUUGUUUGACACAGUGUGGAGCCACAGUUAGUAGGAAGGUUGUUUCCCCAACACUUCCCAACAAUUUUAUACAUUUUUAAAUAAAAACUACAACAAUAUUCAAAGCUGCUCUCAGUGAUGUCAUCUUUUGGGUCAAUUGCUAUACGUUGCCGUCGCUAACUUACCUCUCCCUACAUCACGUCAAGCCAUGUUUGGUGAGGUCAGGGCAUUUAUUCCAACAACUUAACGUCAAAACCAGUGAGUGACUCAUGAUUAGAUAAAGUGUUAUGGGAUAUUGGGGAAAUCGCUCCUAAUUUAGGCUCAAUCCCAUUUUAUCACUUUGUCUUGCCACUCAGUUUUGGGUGUUCCUGUGCAGACAUAGUGUGUCCUGAUUGAUGUUGAGGCAGAGUGGCAGGGUGAGGUUUUAGGGCUAACUAGCCCUUCAAAUGGAGAUGUUCCAGUGGCACAAUUUUUUGAUGGCCAUCUCAAAGCUAACGUUGAUUAGCAUGUUGUGUAGCUUCGCUAACCACAACAAGGCUUUUAUACAUAUCAUAAAGUGGUCAGUUAGUAUUUCUAGGCAAGUUUCUACAUGUUCCAGAUUCCUACAGUCCACAAUAGCAAUAUAACCACAAUGGCACAUUGUCGCUGGCGAACGCUCAUGUGAUGACGCACAACAUUCUUGAACAGUUGUUCAAUUUUGCAGGUUUUAACCGCUAUCAAUGGGUCGAGGUAAAAAUGAGAAAUGGGACUGGGCCAUGCUGUCAGACAGACAUGUCGUUGUUGUCAGGAAGUUACUGACAGUAGCUUUAUUACUAGCCAGUUCGUUGUGUGUAACUAAACGAUUGCUGAAUCAACAACUAUUGUGACACACCAUCAUGGCUGACUUCAAUGAGACCAUCACUCUAACAAUGUAGCACUCUCUUGUGCCUCUGAGGUCAUCCUGCAGAGCUUUGUCCAGCUACACGGAACUGCACCAAACUCAGGGAACGUGAGACACUUAAUCUGACACUAAACUGGAAUGACCAUGUAAGCGCCACGUCAUAUCUUUCACGAACAUACCGUAUCUUUCGGGCUAAACUGCGCCAGCGGUUCAAGUCGAGCAAACAUUUAGAUUCAUUUCUGCCGUUUAUAUCUCACCCAGAGACUCACAUCGGUCUCGUGUGGGUGACCAUUAGAGAGACGAGAAGUGAAAUUUGUUGUAGUCACACUGUAUAAAAGCCUGGCUUUUAAAUUGUGUUAUUUUGUUUUUUAUUUUUGGACGUUCGGACAAAAUUUGGCUACUGCUUCAGUGUACGCUUCUCCAGCUUGUCGCGAAGACGCCUGGGAAUUGAUGUUUAUCACAGUAUUUUGAGGGUCAUCCGCUUUUUUAUUUCUCUCUUUUUGACAACUUCAUUUGUUAAUGGCUAACAGGACGUGUGAGGAGUUUCAACAAAUAAUGAAAUUAAAAAGUGUUUCAGAAACAAUCUACAGACCCUAGCUUUAUUUUUUGUGUGGAUGUGUGCCGCUGGUUGUUUCCCACUUUCUAAAAAAGUGGUUGACUCUCUGACAACAAGGAGGCUGACACGUGGACCAUUAGGCUGAUGUGGUUCGUUCAAUGCAUCCUUAUACUCCUGUGUGUGACUCACUAUCAUUUAGUUCAACAUACUCAAUACCGUAUUCCCUGUGUCUGUGUGUGCCUUACAGUAUACAGUACUGUAUAUUUGUACAUAUGUAUGUAUGUACAGAUAUACACAGUACGCACACAGUGUAGCUUAAUAAGAAAUACUUGCUCUGGUUAUGUUUUUAAGUACUUCCUAUACUUUUCAUUUCCACAUCUGAACCGUAGGCUAAAAUAUUGCCUUUUCUGUAUUUGGAUUUAAAGUGAAAUCUACAGUUUGUCUGAUUGAAACUGUAGAUUUUUCUUUCUUUUUGUCUGGUUCGGUCAUACAACACCAUACAGUAGAAUACAGCACUUUUUCCCAAUGUAAACAUCUUUUCUCCUUCCAACACUGACCCCUUUAAACACCACUGGUCCUCCUUGUUUUCACAUCUCUGUUGUCUGUUGACGAUGCUGCACCUUUAAAGUCUACAACACAUGUUUUAUAAUAUGCAACAUGGGGCAAAAAGUCAUUUCACAGGCACUUUUAUUUUGUAGAUAUGUGCUUGCCUGCUUCUAUUGUUCUUAUUCUUUUGGUUUUUUUCUACUUUAUUAAGUCUGCAUCCGAUUUCAAUGGCUGGAGCAGUCAUUUGCUGUAUGCUACUGUUUGAACAAUGAUUUCUUUACGGUACCUUUUGAAUGUUUGAGCAUAAACUGUUUUUCGAUGCACUCAGUGUUGGACUGAAUUGUCAUUCACAGAAUUAGAUACCACGUUUCCUCAAAUAAAAAGCAGAGGUCAUUAAAUCUCUGGAUAAAUAAACA